AAUUUCUUGACAUCAGACAAAAAUGCAUUUACAGACAAUUUUAAAAAAGGAUAGUUAGUUUCAUUAAUUUACCAAGAAAUACUGAUUUGUCUUCGUCAAAUAAUGGAAAAUAUUAAUCGUAUACAUCAAUAUUUUCAACGACAACACGGAUUUUCUAAAGUGUUAAGUUACGACUUCGCCCUGGGACGUUUGUGUGUGGCCAAAGAGGAUAGUUGGCGUGGUAUCUCACCGUCCAAUUUAAACUCGGAUUUUAAUCCUGAGCCGCCAAUAUUUUCAGCCAAAUUUGCAAAUUGUGAUGGCUACCGCCAUAUAUUGGCCAUAGCUAAUGAAGAUGGAAAAAUUGCUUUACAAGAUACAACGAAGCGUAAUUAUGAUAGGACAGAAAAAUCUCUAUCAGCUCCUCAAUAUCAUAAUAAUGCUGUGUUCGAUUUAGAAUGGGCGCCAGGUCAGAUGCGUUUUGUAUCUGCCUCGGGUGAUCAUUCAGCAUGCUUGUGGGAUGUGACGGACAGUGAUAUUCGUAAGAUUAAUUCGUUUGAGGCACAUACGAGAUCCGUAAAGACGGCUGCUUUCCGCAAACAUGAUCCUUCAGUGUUUGCCUCAGGCGGCCGAGACGGUGCUAUAAUCGUAUGGGAUAGCAGAGCUAACCUGGCUUCUUUUGACUUGACAAGGAUGGCUUCCCGCCCAGAAAAUCGCAUUUGUAGUGGUCAUGUAGGGGGACCAGCUACACCAAUUUCUAAUCGUCGACGUUUGCACACGAAAGUGCCAACAAAUACGCCCUCAAGUAGUAGUGUAACGGGGCUCGUGUUUCAGGACGCAAAUACUUUAAUAUCCUGUGGUGCCGGCGAUGGUAUUAUAAAAGUUUGGGAUUUAAGGCGUAACUAUACAACUUUUAAAAAGGAACCUCUUCCAAAAUACAGUCUUCCUUACGCUGGAACUUCCACAUUUAAAGGGUACACGAACCUUAUUGCAAACACGGCGGGUACACAUUUGUAUGCCAAUUGUAUGGAUAAUACCAUAUAUUGUUACAAUAUUUGCUCUUAUUCGCCACAACCUUUAGCCCGCUUUAAAGGCUUGCUAAAUGGUACAUUUUACAUAAAAUCAUGCCUUAGUCCUGAUGGCAAAUAUUUAGCCAGCGGCAGUUCUGAUGAGAAAGCCUACAUCUGGAAUCUUGAUUAUCCCACCGAACCUUUAAUUAGCCUAUCCGGCCAUAAUGUUGAAGUAACUUGUGUAGCGUGGGGCGCUACACAUGACUGCCCAUUGGUUACUUGUAGUGAUGAUGCACGUCAUAAAAUUUGGCGUAUAGGACCUUCGAAGCUGACCGCGCAAGAGUUAUUUGAUAAUUAUUGUGGAUAUGCCGAAUAUAUAAUGAAAUUGCCAACCCAUUUACAGAAACAAGAACCAAAGACUUCUGAGAAUACUCCAAAAUCGACAAAGCAACAUAUUCAUGAAUCUAUGAAUCAAAAACCAGUAUCCACAGCUAAACGUAGUUUAAAUGCUCUCUUGAAUGACGUCAGCCAAGGGAUGGAGUAUAUACAGCUAGUCAAAAGACCAAAAUUAUUAGAAGGUUGCGGACGGCGCCUAUUCGGUUAUAACGUUUCGAACGAGGCGGAUAUUGCGAGCACCAGUAAGGCAGCUGUUCAUUUAAAUGAAAAUGUCUUAAAUAAAGAGGAGAGACAACAAGCUACUAUACUGGAAAAGGAGGAAGCACUUGAUUGCGUUACACUUUCUCCAUCAACCAGGAAAAAUUCUCCCACAAUGGCUACAACACCCCCACAGCUGCACAAUAUACCGUGUAAUAAUUUAAGUCCAAGUUCCCCGCCCUCAUUAACAAAUUCGCCCACAUCAAAUUUACCGAAUUAUGUUUUAAACGGCGAAGCACCGCAUUUGGGUAUAAUGUCACCAAAACGACCGCUUCAAGUCAAGGUAGAUUGGCUGACGAAAUUGCGCAAACAAAAACAAAUGAUGUCCAAACGUAAUAUAACGCUAACAGAGAGAAUACAAAAUUGUCAGGAUCCUAAUGCAAAUGCAGGUUUGAAUAUAAUAACACACAGAGACGAAAAUACCACAAUAACGUCCCCACGUGUGCAGCAUUUGAAACAUGCUGAGGGCAGUCCACGCAGUGCUAUUACACCACGACGCCGCUUGUCUCACUGCAAUCAUUAUUAUGCUGUCGGUGGCGGCAAUUCACCAAAUUCUUCUCCACGCACGCUCUCCUCUACUCGUCGCAAUAGUGAGACAACGCUUUUACGCUUUUUCAGUGUACAAAGAAAUAACUCGUUAACGGCUGCAGCAACAAACGCAGACGAACUUAGGACUUCUAAAAGCACAUUGACGGCAGCCGCUAAAUAAAAAUCAUAUCUCUUCCAUCAUGUUACCUGCACUGAAAUUUUAAGGUUGUUUAUUGUAGUCAUGUAAAAUUUAUUUAUUUGGAAGUCCUUCAUAAGCGGCCUUUUUUUAAUUACGCACAUUCACAC